AUGACUGUCUCGGCGCCGGGGAGCUACGUGCUGCACUGCGACGGCUUCCGGGGCUCGGUGCCGGCCACCUGCCAGGCGCAAGGAUCUCAAGCAGUGCUGGCGCUGGAUGUGAACUUGGCCGGUUCCGCAAGUCUAUUCUUCAGCUUCACCCUCGACACGCCCGAGGCGGACCCAUACCCCAACACGUUUUUGAUCGCCUUGCGGGAUGUUCAGAACAUCACGCUGGAUGCCAACGUGGCGGUUCCAGGAAUGCACAUACCGCAGACCCGAGUGGUGAGCAGCGUGAAGAUCGUGGUGGUGGGCUUCGAGAAUUUGGCAUGGCUGCAGGCCUGGGGCGACGCAGCCCAGCAACUGGGAGUCCUCUCCCGGAGCAUUGCGGGGGUCCUGUCCAUUGGCGCCCAAGGCGUGGCGGUGGACUCGGUCGUGGCCGCGCUUGGCACUGGGCGGCGGCUACAGUCCGGGCAAACCACCGGGCAUUUGGAGGUGAACUUUUCGGCCUACUCCUCGUUGGUGCCCGUUGGGGAGCUCUCUGACCGGGUGACCGCCGUAGGCUUCCGGGUAUCCCUUCAGGAGGGCCUCACUGCGGAGGCCUUGGCAGCCGGUCUUGCGUCACUGCAGGUGCUGGCCGUGUCCGAGCCGGACGUGCCCAGCACCACCCAGCCGCCGAACGUAACGCCGUCGCCAUGGGCCUUCGGCGGCUUCGGGGCCUUCGGGGCCUUUGGUUUUGCCUGGCGUGCCUGGCUCUCCAGGCGCCUUGCCGAGCUCAAGUUGAAAUGGCGCCCCUGUAGAGAGGCGCUGUGCUUCGCGCAGACACGCCAUGUGACGCGGCCCGCUCGGGAGCCCGACAAAGAGACCAAGUUGAAAGAGGAGGUAGACAGGGAACCUGCUGGCAAGCCUGGGGUGCAGGAAGAGGAGGCAGAGGUAAGCACAUGGACUUACAUCUUCGGGAAGCCCGGCGAGCUGAGGCGGGACUUGAGCAUGGUGGGCACAUCUCCGGAGAAGAUCCUGGCCGCGGGCCUGCUGGCUUUGGUGAUCGGCUUGGGCAGCAACCUGUGGGGCCAGACCGAGCUUCUCUUCCGACUUUGGCCGGGGCUGGGGGAGAAGGCGAGGGAGGUUCACCUGGACUCGCUGUAUGCUGUGGAUGGGCUCAAGACCUACUACGAUGAGCAGUACCAGGCACGCUUCCCCAGCGAGUGGCUCUUUGACCAGCGCGUGGCGUUGAUCAAAGCGCGGCAGAGCAGCCCUGAUGACAUGUUGGGCUUCUCGCGGCAAAAAGCUGGCUCGACAGCGCAGGGUGUAGUGCCAGAUGCGGCAUGGGGUCCGGCUGGUGGAGGGGAUCGCAAUUUGAAGAAGCGGGAGAACCUGUCAGUUGUCAAGCAAGUUCUUCCACCAAAACCUUCUGGUGAGCCGCAAGAGAUUACGGAGAUCCUUGGAGAUCCGCAGGCAUCCUUGGACAGGCUGCUGCGUGAGACCAUCGCCCCAGAGGGGUCCAAGAAGACGGUGGAAGCGAUCUCUGCCGCCCAGGUGGAGCGAGCUAGCCACACCUACUACGAGUACCAAUGGCGCAGCACCUUCCCCUCCGGUGUGCAGCUGCGCAGCUACAGCGGCUGCAGCCUGGGGCCUGCAGACGCGCGGGGCAGCCGCAGUCUCCUCACGCUGACGCUGGUCCUGCCAGAGCCAGAGGCGGACAAAACCGACGGCGUGGUGCAGCUGGUGCCGCAGAUUCUCGAGGGCUUUCGGGUGGCCGAUUAG